UGUGAAACUGUUGGAAGCAGUCUCAUGUUACAAUGGGUUGUGGAUGGACAGCAGGUUAUCCAAUCUAACAAGAUUUUUAUCUCCACUGACACUCUGAAUGGUACACAUCUGAAGAGUGUCAUCAUUGUCAAUGAACCACGGGACAGAAAUCUGUCAUCAUUGCUCUGCUUUAGCUUCAACUCUGUAGGAUCAGCCAGGAAACAGUUUUGUACUGAAUGCAGCAUAACAGGUAAUCACAGUGUGUCUAUUAUGUCUGUACAGUGUGUUUGCUUAAAUAAAUGCAGAUAUAGGGUACUUCUGAGUAUUUACCUUACAGUAUUUUGCAACACAACGGUGAGAAAAGGUUCUAAUUUUGAAAUUAAAUGUGACAUAACAUAUAAUUUAUUCAGCAUAAAUUUACUGAAUUUGAAGACUGGUGGAAGAUUUAGAUUGUAAUACUGGAUAUGGUCAAUGAAACUAAACUUAGCUCCAUAUUUAAAAUUAGUAUCAGACAGUUGGUGUAUAAUCUCAUGAUAUGAUUUACUUUUAUAGCUGCCCCUUGCUCAAUGCAUAUACAUGUGAAGUGCCCCACUUAAUAUAAUUGUGUAUGACAUGUCUAAAACAGUUUAUUGCUCAAAGUAAUUUGGUAUGCAUUGUGCAUUUAUUGUUGUAUUGUGUUCCUCCUCAUUAAUAGAAACAUGUUACUCGACAUUACAAACCCAACAUUGCUUCUGUCUAUACAUAUCCAUGAUUAUUAGUGUAAGAACUACCUUUGUUCAGCAUUUUUUCAUCAUUCCCUAUGACUUCUUUGACAAAGGUGUGAAAAUAUAUUUCUCUGGAUAAAGUGUAUUUAAUAAGCUCUGUCAGAGUUAUAUCUUGAUCUUUAUUUUUCAAAUUUGUAUUUCAGAUAAAAACCUGAUGUUUGCGUUCAUUGCUACUACUGUCGUCCUAAUAACUCUAGUCUGUGUCUUGCUGUUUGCUAUCAGGUAUCUGAAGAUUCAGCAAAACAGUCUAAAUAAUAGUGCAAAGUAGAGGAAAAAGAUACCACACACAGAAGAAGAUCCCAUCUAUGUCAACACAAGGAGGCCGAAACAGGCAAAAUAAGCUAGAUAAUUAUAACCUGCUUUUUUAUUGCUGUGGAAAAAAAAUUCAGCUUUGAUGUUUCGCUGUCUUUAAUCAAGCAAAAUCAAAAUUAGGAAGAACACUUGUAAACACACCCACAUACCAACAACAACUUAAAAGUUUGUAAUAGGGUGAGUUUUAAAAAUAAUUUCUUUGACUCUAGUGCUGUCUGUCUGUUGUAAUUGUGGUAUUAACUGGACAUAUCUAAAGAUGUUCAAGACGCUGUAUGCUAAUUUAAGAUUUUUUAUUUUAUUUAAUUGGUUUGCUUUUAGGCUGUGACAGAAUAUGCUAUAUUGUAAAUGAAUUUAUACUUUCAGAAUUUGGUCAUCAAAUAGCUGCCUCAACAUUUAAUCUAUUUUGCCGUAUAUUAUCAAGACUUUUUUUUAAUCAUCUCUACAAUUUUGUGAUAUUUGUAAUCCAUGGCUUUUUAAGGUACACAGCUGAAAGUAAACAACAUUGCAUUACUGUUUUACAUAUCUGAUUUGUGUAAUGGGCUUUCAAACUACAACAGUUUGUUAAAAGGGGAGCAUUAUGCGUUUUCUAGGCGCAUUGUCAUUUUAAGCACAGUCAAGUAACUUUGUUACAUCCAGUUGUGGUAAAAAUGCUGUAAAUAUAUAUAAAAUACAACUUAGAAUAAAUUUGACUUUGCAAUUUGAUACCUUGAAUUUGGGCUCUGUCUCUUCAAGAAGCUUCUACUCUUUUCACCUCUACAUCUUCAGCACAUCAUCACUACAACGCUACUCCAUUGUGGCAUUUACAACCCUUCUAAGGAGCUUUGCACUGAGAAGUAGUUCAUAUUAUUAGUGAUGUGCUGCACGAAACCUCCUGCUCAAACCAGUUUGGAGCCAAAUGAACCGGUAGUGUCGUUAUGCAGUGUUUUGAUCGCCGUGUCAACAUGCCAAAAAUUAUGUGACCGCUCCUAAAAGAGGCCUCGUUUUUCUGGUGUCUCGGACUACUUGUGACACGUAGCUCCUCGUGUGCUGAUUCGCAGGAAUCCUGAAUGGGCAGGGUUUGUAGUUUCAUUUUAGGCUUUAAAAUGAAACUGAAUUUCCUCUUAAACUGUGGAUUUUUGAAAAGGUGGACAUGCAUUUGCAUAAGUUAGAAAUCACGAGAUAUAGUUAGCGUCUGAACUUGAGUGGUUGUGUGCAUGGAUUCGAGUCCGUGAGAAUCUGAGUUUAGGCACUUUAGACAGGUUGAGUGGUUGUGUGUGAUUUUGAGUGCAUUAAAAAACUUGUGUGAGAGUCUGAGUUUCAUCUGCGCCCUGCCAGCUGGUCUUCUCUAAUGCUGGUGAGGUAGUGAGCCAGAAGAGGAGCAAACUGAAGCCCAAAACAGUGGAAAUGAUGCCUUUUUUAAAUAAAAAUCUUUGAAUGUUACUCAGAGUCUCUUCUUAUAUGAAUCACUAUAAUGACAUCAUCGUCCUCAGAUAGAAAUAAAAUGAAAAGAAUAAUUCAUGGAAUAAUAAUUAUUUACAGUUCAACAGAAAAAAAGGUGUCACUAUUGUUAAAAAGGUAAUGUUUAUUGCAACAUCCUCCUUUCAAUUUUAUAUAAACUAUUAAAACACAGGUUGCUUUGGAGAACAUGAGUUUAAUGAAAAUGGUAUGAAUAAAACAGACUUCUGAUUUCAAAUAAGUUAUCAAUUUUAUUUACAACUGCAGUACAUUAAAACUACCACUAGAUGUCACUAUUAUAGAACGUAUAGAGAACAAUAGGCCAUUGUCUGAGCAACUGUCUUAAAGUGGCUCAGUGCUUCAGGAAGCAUCGUUUUCACCACGCCUAGAUGUAAGUUCAGCAGACUCUGAGCUCCACCAGGAUUUUGGUAAUUGCUGUCCCUGCUCUCAGUACAAGCUCCCUACUAUCUAAGUCUGAUUAUCUUUGGAAUCUCAAACUCACUGUUUACCUCUGCACUCAUCUAGACCACAAACCUCCUCAUAUUAUCCAGAGCAUGGUGCCUUGCUUCUGUCAGACAUUGUGGCUGCAAUGCAGUAACUCCAAAGUAUGUGCUUUGGAGUCCUGUGGACUUCAAGUACAAGCCAUUUACCAUUUAGUAGCCGCCAUUUCUGUGAACAAUUUGUUUAUCAUCAGACACCUUCAAAGACACAUAGAUUACCUCUUAUCCUCCAGACAUAGCUGCAUCCUGAUCCUUAGAAGUGGACUCCAUUCCACACAUUUCAUGUUUUAUUGUUUUGACUUUUGUAAGUAAACCUUAAAACCUUUAUUAUCUCCUUUAUCAUAUUCCUCAUUUUAAUAAAUGGACAAUAAAUUGUUAAAGGAUAUGUUAAUUAUGCAAAAUCACAAAUGCAUUACAGGACAUGAGGAAUGGUUUGUGGGUUUUAAACUGUAACCACUCAAUUUUUACAAUGAUGGUUUGUAAAACAAAACCAUUCCUUAUUUUUGUGAAUAUUCCAUGCUUAUUUUUUUUAAUCAGGGUUAAAAUCUGCUCUUGAUAUUUAACACAGCAUACAAAGAAAAGUUUUUUUUUAUUUAAUCUUUAUUCUAGGUGCUAAAUAAAGCACCUAGAAUAUGGAGAAAUGCUAAAUAAAUGUGGAAGUCCUGUCUAAAUGUCAUUUUCACUUGGACAACUAUUUACUUGCUGUCAGUUUGUCUUUCUUACUUUCUGCUGAUGUCUUGUUCCUGUUUCAUGAAAAACACAACUGAAUGUACUUCAAAAGUACUUUCUGUCGCAGCAGUGUUGCAACUUGUAUAACUUCAUCAGGACAUCAAAUUCAAAUCUAUGUAACAAAGCACUACUGCAGAUGGAACUGCAUUCUGUCUGAAAACAUCUGAACACAAGAUUAAGAUAUUCUGAUGCUAAAAACGUAAGAAUUUCCCCAUUCAGGCUGGGAAUUAUGGGGAGACUUGAAGUUUGCUAAUGUCAGGUUCCUGGUGUAUUGGUGUUUUCCUGCUGAAGUUAGUUUGCCUGAUUUUGAGGGAUUUUAGGAGUAGGACCUGACUUUGCUUGAUAGUCAAGCUUUCUGGUAGAGUAACCCUGAAAUUGAGCUCCUCAAGUAUCUUUUUGAGAAAGGAUUUUUAUUUCUUCUGGCUUGCCUAGAUUUGUUUUACUCCCUGUGCUCUCUUUACUUUUCAGGCAGAAAUCACUACUGAGUUUUAUCACCAAACUCUGGAUCUGUCCACCAGAAAGCAGCCAGUUACAUGCCUUUUAAUUUUUCUUCUACUGGGACUUUUUUUUAAAAUUAAAUUCAAGAAGCCUCAUGCAAAAGAUUUCUAAGGUCAUAUUUUAUUUUGCAUCUGUCAGCUGUUUGGUUAGUUUCUCCUUUUUCAGUUUUUAGUUCCACAUUCUGUGUGCAUUAAAGACAGAAUGUAGGGCAGAUGUGAGCCAUAAAAUUUUAAACAACAAUAUUAUGGCUUACUAUAACUACUGAGGAAAAAAAGUUGUGGAUGUCUUUAAUAAGAGGCUCUAAACAUUCAUUAUUCAAAGAUGGUUGGACUUGUGAUUUUUCUUCUCAUUGACUCUUCGCUGUAUGGUGUCCUGUGCAGUACGUUUCAGGUGUCCUUGGUGCAAACUGUACGGGUUUUGAGAGGAUCCUGUGUGACUGUCCCCUGCUCCUUUGACAUACCGAGCAAAUAUGAAGGCAACCUAAAUGAACAAUGUGAAGCAAAAUGGGUGGACAAGAAUAAAAGCAAUCCACAAUUGACAGACACAAAUGCAGUGACAGGAGACCUAACAAGGAAAAACUGUACCACCACUUUUGGCAACAUGCGACCUGAUCAUAGUAAUACUUACUACUUCAGACUGGAUUGCAGCAGUUCUCUAAGAGGAACAUUUACCAUGGCUGGUGUGACUCUCACAGUCACAGAUGAUCUUCCCUCACCAACUCUGACUCCAUCCACACUGGAGGUGAAUGAUGGAGACUCUGUGAAUCUGACCUGCUCUGCUCCGGUUCCUUGUCUGUCUCACCCUCCAAAUCUGACAUGGACCCCCACGCUGGGUUACAGUCAGGAGACACUGCAAGAAAACCAGGACAAAACAUUUGUUAAGACCUCUGUCCUGAACUUCAAUGCUUCCUACCUCCACGAUGGAGAGAAAAUUUCCUGCACAUCUGUGUACAGGAAACAAGAUGGAAGUGCUGAUGCCUCAUUUUCCACAACAGCAAAUAUUUUGUGCAGAAGCUGUGGCCAGUUUGAAAUCUCUCUACCACAGACUGUACAAGUUCUGAGAGGAUCCUGUGUCACCGUCCCCUGCUCCUUUGGCAUGAAGAGAAAAUAUGAACAAUAUUUAAAUGGUGGAUGCAGAGCUCUGUGGGUUUACACAGAUAGCAGUGACCCAAGACUAACAGAUACAAACCCAGUGACAGGAAAUUUAACAGAGAAAAACUGCACCACCACCUUCAGCAACAUGCAGCAUGGCCAUUCCAACACCUAUAACUUCAGACUGGAUUGUAAUGGUCUCAAAUACACUUUUAAGCCAGCAAGUGUAAAAAUUGAAGUCAUAGAUAAUUUUCCCUCACCAACUCUGACUCCAUCCACAUUGGAGAUGAAUGAUGGAGACUCAGUGAGUCUGACCUGCUCUGCUCCCGUUUCCUGUCUGUCUCGUCCUCCAAAUCUGACAUGGACCCCCACACUGGGGGAGAGUGAGGAGACACUGCAGGAGAAUCAGGACAAAACUCUGGUCAAGAUCUCUGUUCUGAACUUUAAUGCUUCUUACCUUCAUGAUGGAGAGAAAAUCAGUUGCAACGCUGUCUACAAGAAACAAGAUGGAAACUCUGAUACAACUUUGACCUCAACAACAACUAUUUUGUGCAGAAGCUGUGGCCAGUUUGAAAUCUCUCUACCACAGACUGUACAAGUUCUGAGAGGAUCCUGUGUCACCGUCCCCUGCUCCUUUGGCAUGAAAAGAAAAUAUGAACAAUAUUUAAAUGGUGGAUGCAGAGCUCUGUGGGUUUACUCAGGCAGCAGUGACCCAAGACUAACAGAUACAAACCCAGUGACAGGAAACGUAACAGAGAAAAACUGCACCACCACCUUCAGCAACAUGCAGCAUGGCCAUUCCAACACCUAUAACGUUAGACUGGAUUGUAAUGGUCUCAAAUACACUUUUAAGCCAGCAAGUGUAAAAAUUGAAGUCAAAGAUAAUUUUCCCUCACCAACUCUGACUCCAUCCACAUUGGAGGUGAAUGAUGGAGACUCAGUGAGUCUGACCUGCUCUGCUCCCGUUUCCUGUCUGUCUCGUCCUCCAAAUCUGACAUGGACCCCCACACUGGGGGAGAGUGAGGAGACACUGCAGGAGAAUCAGGACAAAACUCUGGUCAAGAUCUCUGUUCUGAACUUUAAUGCUUCUUACCUUCAUGAUGGAGAGAAAAUCAGUUGCAACGCUGUCUACAAGAAACAAGAUGGAAACUCUGAUACAACUUUGACCUCAACAACAACUAUUUUGUGCAGAAGCUGUGGCCAAUUUGAAAUCUCUCUACCACAGACUGUACAAGUUCUGAGAGGAUCCUGUGUCACCGUCCCCUGCUCCUUUGGCAUGAAGAGAAAAUAUGAACAAUAUUUAAAUGGCGGAUGCAGAGCUCUGUGGGUUUACACAGAUAGCAGUGAUCCUAGACUAACAGAUACAAACCCAGUGACAGGAAACUUAACAGAGAAAAACUGCACCACCACCUUCAGCAACAUGCAGCAUGGCCAUUCCAACACCUAUAACGUUAGACUGGAUUGUAAUGGUCUCAAAUACACUUUUAAGCCAGCAAGUGUAAAAAUUGAAGUCAAAGAUAAUUUUCCCACACCAACUCUGACUCCAUCCACAUUGGUGGUGAAGAACGGAGACUCAGUGAGUCUGACCUGCUCUGCUUUGGUUCCCUGUCUGUCUCAUCCUCCAAAUCUGACAUGGACCCCCCCACUACAUAACAGUCAGGAGAAACUGUUGGAGAAUCAGGGGAAAACUCCCAUGAGGAUAUCGGUUCUGAACUUCACUGCUUCUCGUCAGAAUCAUGGACAAAUCUCCUGCGCUGCUGCCUACCAGAAACAAGAUGAAAGCCGUGCUGUAACCUUUUCCACAAGAGCAAAUAUUCAAUGCCCUGAGUGUGACAAGUUUGAGAUCUCUCUGCCGCAGACUGUACAAGUUCUGAGCGGGACCUGUGUCACUAUUCCAUGCUCCUUUGAGCUGCAAAGAGAAUAUGAAAAACACUUGCAUGGGGAAUGCAAAGCUCUGUGGGUUUACUUGGAAAGCACUGACGCAAGACUAACAGAUACAAAUCCAGUAACUGGGAACCUAACAGAGAAAAACUGCACCACCACCUUCUAUAAUGUCCGGUCUAAUCAUUCCAGCUUAUAUUACUUUAGACUGGAUUGCAAAACUCUUAGAUACACGUUUAAAGAAGCAAGUGUAAAAAUUGAUGUCAAAGAACAUUUUCCCUCACCAACUCUGACUGUGUCCAUACUGGAGGGGAAGGAGGGAGACUGGGUGAAUUUGACGUGCUCUACUCCAUCUCCAUGCCUAACUCAUCCCCCAACUCUGACAUGGACCCCCAAAAUGGGGGAUAUUAUGGAGACCAUGCAGAUGAGCCCAAAUAAAUCUACAGCUAAGACCUCUGUCCUGAGUUUCAUUGCUACCAAUCUCCAUCACAGACAGAACAUCUCCUGUACUGCUACUUACAAGAUGGGGAAUGGAAACUCUGACUCAUCACUUACUACAAGUUUGAAAACAGAGAUUUUGUUUCGUCCAAAGAUCCUGCCCUCUUCUAGUUGCAUCAAAACAACAAGUCAAAUCAACUGUUCCUGUGAAAUUGUGGGAAACCCUCCUAUCUUGCUGUGGCUUUUCAAUGGGCAACCAGUCAACCAAUCUGGGAAGGUUUAUGCUAUCAGUCACUCCCUGAAUGACACGUAUCUGAGGAGCACCAUCACCGUGAAUAAGCUGCAGGAGAGAAACUUGUCGUCAUUGCUCUGCUUCAGCUUCAAUUCAUUGGGAUCAGACAGUAAACAGCUUUUCAUCAACUCACCUCAUAUUCCAGCAGAAAAUCAAGUUCCUCCGAAGAUCCUGCCCUCUUCCGCUUGUAUCAAAACAAGAAGUCAAAUCAACUGUUCCUGUGAAAUUGUAGGAAACCCUCCAAUGUUGCAGUGGCUUUUCAAUGGGCAACUUGUCAACCAAUCUGGGAAGGGUUUUAUCAUCACUGACUCUUUGAAUGGCACAUAUCUGAGGAGCACCAUCACUGUGAAUCAGCAACAGGAGAGAAACUUGUCGUCAUUGCUCUGCUUUAGCUUCAAUUCAUUGGGUUCAGACAGUAAACAGCUUUUCAUCAACUCACCUAGGAGUUUAGGAGAAAAUCAAGUUUCUCCAAGGAUCCUGCCCUCUUCUAGUUGCAUUCAACACACAAACCAAAUCAACUGUUCCUGUGAAAUUGUGGGAAACCCUCCCAUCUUGCAGUGGUUUUUCAAUGGGCAACCUGUAAACCAAUCUGAGAAUUUUGUCAUCACUGACUCUUUGAAUGGCACAUAUCUGAGGAGCACCAUCACUGUGAAUCAGUCACAGGACAGAAACUUGUCUUCCUUGCUCUGCUUCACCUUCAAUUCAUUGGGAUCAGGCAGUAAACAGCUUUUUAUUAAUUCCCCUCACAUUUCAGGAGAAAAUCAAGUUCCUCCAAAGAUCCUGCCCUCUUCCGCUUGUAUCAAAACAAGAAGUCAAAUCAACUGUUCCUGUGAAAUUGUAGGAAACCCUCCAAUGUUGCAGUGGCUUUUCAAUGGGCAACUUGUCAACCAAUCUGGGAAGGGUUUUAUCAUCACUGACUCUUUGAAUGGCACAUAUCUGAGGAGCACCAUCACUGUGAAUCAGCAACAGGAGAGAAACUUGUCGUCAUUGCUCUGCUUUAGCUUCAAUUCAUUGGGAUCAGACAGUAAACAGCUUUUCAUCAACUCACCUAGGAUUUUAGGAGAAAAUCAAGUUCCUCCAAGGAUCCUGCCCUCUUCUAAUUGCACCAAUGCAACAAACAAAAUCAAAUGUUCAUGUGAAAUUGUGGGAAACCCUCCAAUGUUACAGUGGCUUUUCAAUGGGCAGCCUGUCAACCACUCUGAGGUUUUUGUCAUCACUGACUCUUUGAAUGGCACAUAUCUGAGGAGCACCAUCACUGUGAAUCAGUCACAGGACAGAAACUUGUCUUCCUUGCUCUGCUUCACCUUCAAUUCAUUGGGAUCAGACAGUAAACAGCUUUUUAUCAAAUCCCCUCAAAUUUUGGCAGAAAAUCAAGGUAAAGGGCAGAUUUCUGUGUUCAUCAGCACAACCGUCAUCUUACUAGUUUUAGUGUGUGUCUUGCUGUUUGUUAUCAGGUUUCAGAAGACUCACCAUUACCCUCUAUAUAAUAUAUUUGGAGGCAAACAGACGAAGGUACAAAACACAAGUGAAGAUGACAUCAGUAUAAAAGAAAUCACAUCGAUUAUGAAAAAGGGACGCCUAAAUAAUGACGUUGAUGAUUCAUUGUAGCUUUUAUACAGAAGAAAAAGAAGUCUGGCAUUAGAAUUAUCCGACAACAUUUAUAGAUAAAGGAACUUUCUACUUAUGUGGUCACAGAGCAGCUGCUUUUCCUUCUAAAGUAAAUUGCCAUUGGGAUUCAUAAUCACAUUAUGUUUCACCACUCAUUAUUAUUGUUGGGGCUCAAGAUCAAAAUUAAUCCCAAUGAUUUAGAGGUACCAAACAGCUUAAAGCUGGUAUUGUUAUUUAUAAAACAGUCCUGAUUUUUUUUUUAAGUGAGAUUCAAAUUAUCCAUAUUUAUUUCUCUAAACACAAGUAAAUAUUCUUGCAGACUUCUGCUGCUUAAAUGUAAAUUCACUGAUUAUGGUUUUAUGUUUGCAGGAGAUGGGAAUGCAUCUUUUUUAUAUAACAAACUUGCUCUGAAUCUUAGCUGUUGUAGCUUGUUUUCAUUUACAUUUUUGUUUUUCCAAAAAGAAAAAAUAUUGCUGAAUAUUACAUCUUGCUAGAAUUUUUUUCCAGGUUUAGAUUUUGGUGUCACUACAACAAUUAAUUACAUCAUAAAUGCAUUUGCUUGAAUCAUAGUUGACCAUUUCAGGGUCAGUUUCACCAUUUUGUCACCAGUGAAAAAUGCUGCAGAGCUUUUCUUCAGGUUGUAAAAUAAUGAUUGGUUCCCCCUCUACUUCUGGCUAAGCCACAUAAUUGUAUAAUUUCUUUUCAGAAUUAAUGUCACAAUCCUUAAAUUCUAGAUUUGGUUUUCUUUUGUAUUUAUAUUUUUGAUUAUCUCCUUGUUCUUUAGUCCUUAUCAAUUCAUGCCUUUGUAUUUAGUUUCUUUACUUUUUCUUAAAUUUUGUUUCUGAUUCUCAUGGUAAGAUUUGAUUAUUAAACAAAAUUACCUUCUUUUGAAGGUAGCACCUGCAACACAGUUAUUUUUUAAUCUUCUGCUUCUAUCUUGUCUGUACAAGGGUGAGUUAAAGCAAUUUGUGUAUCAAAUUCCAAAAUUAAUGCUGUACAUAACAAAAGUCCCAAUAAAAUUGUUUAACUCUUGCAGAA